AUGGCUUUUUCCACUGCCCUGCUGAGCUACGCUCUGUACGUCGGCGUUGCUUUUGUUCUCGCCCGCAUAUGUUACGAGCUCUUAUUCUCACCUCUAAGACGCAUUCCUGGCCCUCUCAGCGCCAAAUUUACAGACUUCUUUCGCGCGUAUCUUGCCACGAAGGGCCAUGUUGACGGCCAUAUGCGCGCAUGGCAUCGGAAAUGGGGUUCCGCUGUGCGUGUUGGGCCGAAUACUGUCAGCAUCAGUGACCCGGACUUGAUUCGGGUUAUCUACACGACCAGAAACCCUUGGCGCAAAACUAACAUGUACCGCCCGAAUGAUGUUGUCGUCAACGGGCAGCGCAUUCCAAACAUCUUCAACACCCAAGAUGAAGACUUCCACACCAAGUUCACCAAGCCCAUCAGGGGCUUCUGGACCCUUCCCAAGAUGCUAGAAGCCGAACCCCUCAUGGACGAGACGCUAUGUGAUCUUGUCAGACAUCUCGACAAUCGUUUUGCCAGCACUGGCUACGUCUGCAAGAUGGACGAAUGGGUCUCUUACUACGCCUGGGAUGCAGCGGCUAACAUCAGCUUUGGGCGCGAUUACGGCUUUAUGGAGAAGGGCGGGGAUGUCGAGAACAUCAUUGCUGAGAGUACAGCGGGACUCAAGUACUUCGCCCCCGUGAGCCAGAUCCCGUGGAUUGACGAGUGGCUCGACAAGAAUCCCAUUAAGCGCAUUGGUCCUCGCCCUCUGGUGAACGGUGUCAUGUACACCAUCAAGAUUCUCACGGAGUACCAACAACAGGUUGCUUCGGGUGCCGCCAAGAGAAAGCCUGUGGAUUUGUUUAUCGACAAGUAUAACAGCCUGAAGGAAACAGUUGACUUUGUCGAUGAUCAUCAGGUCAUCAACUGGCUGAUGUUGAACGUUUUGGCCGGCGGCGAUUCAACAGCUGGUGCUAUGCGCGCUCCUGCUUACCAUCUCCUCAAGAACCCCGCUGUUUGCGAGAAGAUGGUCGCCGAGCUUCGUUCCGCCGACCUCACCCUUCCUGUUCCUCAGUGGAAGGAAAUUAGCCAACUCCCCUACUUCGACGCAGUCAUGCGCGAGGCCGUACGCAUCUCACCCGCUGUUGGUCUCAUCCUCGAGCGUGAAGUGCCCAAGGAAGGACUCGAGCUUUCAGACGGCCGCUUCAUCCCCGCUGGUACAAAGGUCGGCAUUAACCCCUGUGUGAUCACACGGGACGUUGGUGUAUUUGGUGAAGACGCUGAUACCUUCCGACCUGAGAGAUGGCUUCGCAGCAAGGGCGAGACGGAACAAGGACAUGCUCAUCGUGUGCGACGUAUGCACGAGUGUACUGAGAUGAUGUUUGGCCAUGGUUCGCGUGUGUGUAUGGGUAAGCACAUGGCUAAGUUGGAGAUGUACAAGAUGUUUGCUACGCUUUACGCAAACUUUGAUGUUCGGAUUACUGACCCAAAUCAUAAGUGGAAGUAUGAUAAUUCCUGGUUUAUGUAUCAUAGCGAUAUUCCUUGCACAAUUGCUCGCCGGCAAAAGGCGUAA